CGUGCGAAAUUAAAUGUGUCAGUCGAGUGAAGAAAAUUAGAAUAAUUGUUGGAAAAGUGUACAUUUCGAUUACUGAACAAGGUUUACAUCGAAAUUUGGUUGCAGUGCUGUGAUCAUUCUACGUGUAAAUGAAAUGAUUUCGAUUUGCAUGUUAAAACAAGUUUGUAACUGUUUGAGCGACAGAUGACUCUCGAGAAAUGAGAAUUUGUGCGAUGGAUUCUAAUUGUGUUCAUUUCACGUGUUAGUGUAUAGAAGAAUUCAUAGAAAAAUUGAGUCACGUUACAAAAAAUACAAUGAAAAAUAUGAUAACAGUUGCAAAUUCAACCUUCACUCUAGUGCCUAAAAAAAUUAACUAUUCGUAGAAAUCUGAGAUGCAAUUUAUUCUUUAUCUUAAGUUAUAUUAACCCAAUGAACUAACAUACCGUGCAUAGUCUGAUCAUAUAUGAGCGGUGCUGGAAAUUGGAAACGUUUCAAUUUGUGAUGGUGGUAACAUAUCGAUUUUCCUCUGUUCCAUUUGAGAAUAGGACGAAUCGUAUCUCAAUUAUGAAAUGUACGAUAUAUUUAUAAUUGGGGUAUUCACAUAGCACAUCGUUAUUAUGUACGCUAUCGAAAAAAUACAAGGUUCCAUUUAACUGCAACGGAGUUUACGCAUUUACGAGAGUUUACAUUUUUACGAUCCGCUAUGUGAAUACCCCUAAUGGUUUAUAUCAAAGUGAUGGUCGAAUAUGUAUCACUGGUUCAUAAUAUUUCAUGUGUUAAACCCUGUUUGCAUUUUUUGUUUAAUAUGAACACAAUUUGAUUAUUGUUUGAAAAGAACCUACGCGCCUUGUGGUGAUAACACUGAAGAUGAAACAAGCGGAAACUAGGCUAUAUAUUGUCAUAUAAUACCAAGCUAUAAACACCUCUUCCAUUGCCCUCAAUCGAUAUCGCAGUCCCUUAUAAAUAGGUUGCGUCCUGGAUUAGUCGACAAUAAUAAAGAUAAGUCUAACUUAUCUGUCAUCGUUACAUAAAUAGUGUGUGAAAACUGAGAAAAUAAUUGAACAAAUCAUACUAUGAAUAAUGCAAACGAAGUUCUUAGGCAGAAUUAUAAUCCACGAUUUGGUCUCGCGCCGAUUGCGUCAAUUGAGGAUACAACCAAUGAAGAUAACAAUCGAAUGGAAGCUACAGGCCAGAAUCACACAUCUUGUCGGUAUAGUGCCAAAGAAUGUGAGUCAUCAAACCACCACUAUCCUUCGAGUGCGAUUGGCAGUACAAGCGCACUCGCUCCUUCAACACCAAGAAUUGAUAUAAGCAGAGCAUCGUCACAUUCAUCUCACCAUGAUAGUAGGGAUAGUAGUCCGGAAAAUGUCUUUGAUCAGGUUGGCACUGGUACAUUACAGGAUACCGGUGUCCUUGGAUACAGAGAGGAGGGAACGAUGGACUUACGAAGCUCUACUGAAGAACUGCAAUUUAUGGAACCUGAGAAGGGAAAAACCGAAAAAGAGAAACCCCAAGCACAGCCAUACUCACCUGUUAUGUUUAAAUUAGAAGAACAACAAACUAUUUCACUUUAUCAUCAGCGUAAAGAUUCUGCAAGUUCCGAGGUCGCUGCAUUUUUGUGUAUAUCUGGCCGUACCAGUCGUAUCUCUAGCGUCGGAAGUCAAGGAUCAGCGACUAGCAAGCUCUCUGCCGUAUCCAAUGCUUCUGGAAUUUCUCGUUCACCUUCUCCUCACCGUAUGCUGUUGGAAACAUCGUUCUGUGGUCCAAAGCCUUUGCAUGGUAUAACUGACGGAAGUAUUCCGAGUAGCAUUGAACCAUCGACUGCCAAAGUACUUGAACAAGUUAUCCUAUCUAGAAAGAAGGACCCAACGGAAGCUGUGCUGGCAGAGGGUGUCAGUGUGUAUAGAACAUUUGCCAUCAAUAGUGCGGCAAAGACCAAUAAGUCAAUAGAAACCGACAUAACUAGGCGAAAAUCAGACAGCAAUGCUAAUAUUACUCGCAAGGAGGACAUUAUUCAACCUUCACAAACAAGUAGAAGUAUUUCAAACAAACGUUAUAUUCCUCCAACAGAUUUAGACAAACCGAUAGUAGGUGUGAUGCCCAGCGGAACUGAAUAUAUAAGAAUAAAACUCAAGCCAGACCACUGCUAUAGCGAUAACGGAAUAGCCGAUAACGAGCGAAUAUUGCAGGACGAUCAUAAGAAACCCCACUCGUUGAAUCUUAAUAGCUCACGGGAAAAAAAAGCUGGAUGCAACAAUAGUCCGAAACCCGCACACCAUUUCAAAUUAUCGCGGGAGAAUGGCAGCCGAUCACCAUCUCCUGCAAAUACUACAUUCUCAAGAAAAAGUUCCUUUUGUUCUAUAUUCAAGCUGAAAGAUUCAGCCACUCCGGAUUCACCUGGUGGUACUCAUGUACGAAAAGAGAGUGGUUCAAUUUCACAAGAGUUUAGAGAACGAUCGUGUAGUAAAAGUAGAGAAAGGGACCUUGUAUCAUUGAAUACUACACCAAGCAAACAGAAGUCAGUGUUGGCUAUAUUUAAACCGAAGAAAAAUGAUGCAAAAUCAAAAUCUCCAUCACCCAUUGAUGCUAAUCCACAAGGUACUCUGUCUAACGUGGAAAAUGUGGAAUUUAGGUUUAAAAACGAGUCUCCUUCUGCCACGAAUUCCCAUCAACACUUGAGGUAUUAUGAUACACCGUUGGACGGCAAGAGCAUUCAUAUUCCUUUACACACUCCACCAGAAGAAAAGCAAUUGAAACCUUUGGUACCUACUAACCCAGUACAUCCUUUUAAGCAGAAAUCGGAAAUAAUUCCCGAUAAAUUGUCUCCUUCUGUACAAUCUGUGAACCUAAGCAAUAAUUGUAUCGUUACUAUCCAUAAUAGGCCCAAGCCCAUGCCACCUUUAAAGUGCUAUCGAAUAGAAAAUCCCGACGGUACGAUAACAAUUCCCUUGAAAUCACCAACCGAAGAGACGGAACGUGAUAGUUUAUGGAGCAUGGAAGUGCAACGUAACAGUUCUCAAGAUAGCCAAGAAACAGUCAUUUCGGUAGCUGCACAUCACCUUAGCAAUACCCUAUCUGUAAGCCGUGCAGCAAAUGUCUUGCCUUUAAACAGUCAAUCGAAUCUGCACGAUGUUUUCUCUAGUCAUAAGUCCAUCGAAAACAAAAUCGAUGUUCUGAAAACAGUACCAGCAGUGAAUGAUGAUAGUGGGGUAAUUAAACCAGACCUGACUAUCCUUAGUAUGUCCGCAAAAGAGAGAAAACAACUUUUGUUUUCGAUGAAAAUGGGCUCCGGUAGCCAGGAACAAACCUUUUCAACUCAGUUUAGCAUUUCCAAGACAGAAAGUCAAAGUAGUCAGUUGUCGGAAACUGUUCAAGCUGAGUCAUUUAACGGAAUCACAUCCAGAAAAAAAGAUAUCUCGGCAUCUGAAACUCCACCUGCUGUAUAUCGCAAUAAACAAAUAGAUAGCGUAAAAAAACGAAGCUCGAAAGAAAGAUUUAGUCGGUCCGACAGUACAUCAGGCGAUUCUAUAGAUUUCCAUCGUCACUCACGUUACAUUGAAAACCCAGAUGAAAUUCUUGAUAUGCUACAUAAAUGCGAAAUGAAAAAGCACAAAACCGAAUUAAAGGCCACGGUGAGUGAAGAAUCUUCUAUUUCUCAAGACACUAGCAGAGACGAGAGCACAAUGAAGAUGUCGUCAAAUAGCGGAAAUAUUCUCAAUGUAACAGAUAGAAAGUCAACAGCUUCCAACGACGAGCAAGGUGUUUCUUCAGAAAGUGAAAAAGAUUCCGAAGUAGAUACAAUCAAACACUUGCACCAGAAUAUGUUAACUAUUGAAGAUCACGAAAGUGCAGGGUUAGUCUUGCAAGAAUCGUUCGAUGAUGAACUACCGUAUAUUCCUACAACGCUGCCAGAGGAACGGGCCGUAGGUGUUAAACUAGUACCUAUGAAGGAACGUGCACAGAUUGAAAUGAAAACAUACCCGCUAGAAAGGCCUAGGUCUACAACACCAAUUCACCUUGCUGCAUUCGAGAAUUACUGCGGUGUUACCCACACCACUGAUGAAUCUGAUGGAAAGUUAAUACGUGGUGAGAAACUUAGAAUAAGCCUACCCAAAAAACAUGACAUUGAAAAAGUACCAAAAUUGCGAUCACCUCGGAAGGUAUCAAUUCCGUCUGGCAAGAAUUGGUUUGAGUUUGUUGAGCAGGAGAUAAACAGCACUACUCAGGUUCAAACAUUCAGCAAUGAAGAAGAUACUACAUUUGCCAGCCAAUCGUCUACCGUGCAAGAGGAACCACCUCCGUUACCACCACGCAAGGGGUCAACACAGCAGUGGAUUGACUUUGACAGUAUUCCUGAGAAACGAAAACUUCCUCAGCGUAUGACUACUAUCUCUCAAGCAGAAACAUCCGACGACAAGGUUCAAUUGACCGGAGUAGUUUACAACUAUGUUCAACCUGAGGAAUGUCAAUGUGAGUGCCACGAGAAUGAACGCGAGGGUGGAAAACAGCAGCCAUUGAUGCAAACUCAUGAAAUCGAAGAUGAGCAGCCAUUACUGCAGCAGGAUUUGUUGGAAGAUGUCAACAGCAGAUGCAAUGAUGAUGGUUUUCAACGAGCAAUAUUGGACAACAAUCUGGAUGAGGCUAAUCAAAGAAGUAGAAAACAUUAACGAUUAAUUAAAUAUGUUUUGAGCAAGCAUUGUAAAAUUUAAAACAGGAAAAGAAAUCCAAGAUAAAUUAAUAAACAACUACUUUCCAUUCUCCCUCAUUACAUAACAGAAAGAUCAAAGUUGUAUGUAGGCUAACUCAAAAAUAUUAGCUCAAAAUAGUUUGCUAUAUAUUAACAAUAUUAAAAGAAUAUGUUUUUAUCCUAAUAGCUAACGAAAACUGCAAAUGAGCUAAGAUACAUACUCAAAAUAUCACUCUAGUUAAAACAAAGUUGUCUUCUUCAGGCAAACAUUGUUGCAUAUUUCGAAAACGGGUUUGGCGAGUUAUUAACGAAAAACAUAGUUUCUUUUUUUUAUUAUUAAAAGUGUUCUAUACAUAAUGCUACGAAGGACAUACAGCGUUUUACAAAGCAUAAGGAUUCAUCUGAUUUUUCGAUUUAUUAAUAAAAAGGGACAAAUGGCAGUAAACUGUCAAGUUCAUGAAGCUACAACAAUAAAAUCAAUCAUGUAUGGCUAACUGAUUCCAGUUAAUUGUAAAAUUGACAUUAUUAUACAUAAAUAACGGUGCAUAGUGCGUUGAAUGCAUGAAAGAACAAACCAAAACACGUAACUUAAAAUUGUCAUCGAUUAUCUCUGGAAUGACUUACAGAAAGUUGUUUUAUGCUACGAAGUGACAUCAUCAAGCUAACUCGGAGGAGCGAGAAUUACAUAAUUGCUGGUGACCUGAACGCCAAACAUCAAGCGUGGGGAAAAAGUUGCCGCAACCAAAACGGAACUCCCACCCGGUUGAGUCGGACCUGUGUUAACACUACCAGAGUGUUAACAUUUGACUAUCGACAAAUCGGCAUGAAUGACCAUAGAAGUUACCAUGAAAUUUCAAAGCACACUGCUAUCCCAUAUUCGUCUGUCCCCAUAUUCGCGGAAAACGUUUAGCUAAGUCAUUAACCUGCGUGAAAUAUUUAUGAGUUGAUUCGUGUCUGAUAUAUUCUGGACAAAUAAUUUCUUUCUAUCCUGCAAGAGAGGGAGGUGGCUGCCAAAUACGAACAAUCGUCGCCUACCUCGCAUAACUGGUUCCAAACAACGAAAAGCCUCAAGCAACGAUGGUUUGUUGAUGUUUGAAACCAAAUUCACAUAUGGAAAAUCAAUGAGCGUAAAUAGGUAAGGUCCAGUUCUGCCAUAAAUAAGAAAUUGGCUAAUAUGCCAUUUUUGUCAAAAUCGAGAAAAUGGUGUUACUUGAUAGGUGGCACUAUUGUCAAGUCCCCACUGCACAAAAUUUAUAAAUCAAAAUGA